AUGGGUUCGAUCAUCAACAGCAUCAAGCAAGCCUUGCCCACAAGCAACGGCGUCAACGGGCACUCCGCCUCAAACGGGACGGCUAAACGCCCUGUUCGUAUUGCUGGCUGCUCUGGAGGUGUCUAUGACAGAAAACGAGCGAUUCAUGACAUGGCCAAGAACGAAGAAGUUGAUGUCAUCACUGGGGAUUGGAUGUCUGAAGCCAACAUGACUCUCCGUGGAUCAGAUAAACGAGAGAAGCUCGGCUCUGGCACGCUUGUUGGGAAGGCAUACGAGCCUUACUUUCUAGAGGAACUUGAUCCUGCUAUUCCUUGGCUCGCGAAGAGGGGUGUCAAGAUUGCAGUGAAUGCAGGCGCUUCCGAUGUUCAGGGCCUCGCCGAAGCGGUAAGAGGGUUGGUUAAGAAACAUGGGGUGGAUCUUAAGGUCGCUUACGUCGAUGGGGACGACGUUACGGACGCAGUCCUCGAGCUAUACAAAAAGGGAGAGAAGUUUCUCAAUCUCCCAGCAAACCAAAACAUCCAAGAUUGGGGAUACGAACCUCUGUGUGCACAGUGCUAUCUUGGAGGUACCGGUAUAGCUGCUUGUUUUGAGGGAGGAGCUGACAUUGUGGUCUGCGGGAGAGUCGCGGAUGCGUCAGUUACAGUCGGUGCAGCCAUGUGGUGGCAUGGAUGGAAGCGCGAAACACACAUCCAAGAACUCGCUGGUGCUUUAAUGAUCGGCCACAUCAUCGAGUGUUCGACUUACGCCACUGGAGGUUACUACAGUGGGUUCAAGGAUCUAGGCGAUCAAGACACUGAUAUGGGUUAUCCUAUCGCAGCCGUGGACGAGAAGGGUCACGCAGUCAUCACCAUGGAAAAGGGUAAACACGGGCUUGUCACUCCAGCAACUAUCGCAAGUCAACUUCUCUAUGAGAUUCAAGGGGAUCUAUAUUAUAAUUCGGACGUUACGGCCUCACUAAGCGACAUUAGAUUGGAAUUAGUUGGUGAGAAUGCCGUCAAAGUCUCAGGUGUGAAAGGAUCCCCACCACCACCAACUACCAAAGUCGGAAUCACGGCGAAGGGAGGUUGGCAGGCCGAGUUCCACUUCUUCCUCACCGGCCUCGAUAUUGAAGAAAAGGCGAAGAUGAUCGAACGUCAAACUAAAGCAACAAUGGGCGAACAUUUGUCGAAGUUUUCCUGUCUAAACUUUACUAUUGCUGGCACAGUUCCUGAAGAUCCGCAAAGCCAAGAUGAAGCGACUGUCGACCUCCGCAUCUUUGCCCAAUCGCGUGAUCCUGACAUCCUUUCAGCAUCCUCGAUCAUAGACUCCGACCGUGGCUCAUUCGCACGCUUCUGUAUUGAAAACCUCCUACAGGGCUACCCAGGGAGUACGAUGGCUCCAGACAUGCGACAAGCGAUAGGUCGACCCUUCUUUGAGUACUGGGUCAGUCUGAUGCCCCAGACAUUUGUCAAAGAGACAGCUCAUCUCCAUGACGGUCGUGUAAUCGACAUACCAAGUCCAUCUCUGACUCAAGAAUAUCCUCGGGAGCAACCCAAUGAACCUGUUACAGCCAAUGCCAUCGAUCUGUCUACAUUUGGGCCAACGACACGCGCCCCACUAGGAUACAUCACCCUUGGUCGCUCAGGCGACAAAUCAUCGAAUGCAAAUCUGGGACUAUUCGUACGCUAUGACGAUGAAUGGGAAUGGCUACGCACAGUGCUAAGCACAGACAUGUUGAGGAAGUUGUUGGGCAAAGACGAUGCAGGAAGGCAAAUUGACAGAUGUGAGAUGCCUAAUAUUAGGGCCGUCCACUUUCUUUUGAAAGAUCAUCUGGAUCGGGGAUUCAAUGCUACGAGUGGGUACGACAGCUUGGGUAAGAAUUUGUGUGAAUAUAUUCGCGCCAAGUACGUUGAGAUUCCGAAUAAGUUUUUGGACAGGGGCAGAGUGUAG